GUCGAUUACGUUGCUAGUUUACAAAAUAAAAUGGCGAUGGCAACAACACAAGUUAAAGGAAGUGGAUGGCCAAGAAGAGCUAGUAACAGUUCUUUUGAAGGGAAAGUGGUACAGAAUCAGUCUGUAACUAUCAACAGGACAGUUAAUUUAUAUCCUUUGACAAACUAUACAUUUGGAACAAAAGAGCCACUCUUCGAGAAAGAUCCGUCUGUACCAGCAAGGUUUCAGCGUAUGCGAGAUGAAUUCGAUAAAAUUGGAAUGCGUCGCAGUGUUGAAGGGGUUUUGUUGGUACAUGAACACGGGUUACCACAUGUCCUGCUGCUUCAAUUGGGAACAACAUUCUUCAAAUUACCUGGAGGAGAGCUAAAUGCAGGAGAAGACGAGGUAGAGGGCCUAAAACGGCUCCUUACAGAGACCUUUGGACGUCAAGAUGGAGUUAAACAAGAAUGGGUGAUAGAAGAUACCAUAGGAAAUUGGUGGAGACCAAAUUUUGAACCACCUCAGUAUCCUUAUGUACCACCACACAUCACCAAACCAAAGGAACACAAGAGGUUGUUUCUUGUUCAGCUGCAAGAAAAAGCUCUAUUUGCAGUACCUAAAAACUAUAAGUUAGUAGCUGCACCGUUAUUUGAAUUAUAUGAUAACUCCCAAGGAUAUGGUCCUAUUAUUUCCUCUCUACCACAAUCACUUUGCAGAUUUAAUUUCAUCUAUAUGUGAAAAAAGAAAUAAUCGAGAAAGUGGAAUAAUUUUAUUUAAGUUAUGAGAAAGUACUAUAAAUACAGUGUAUGUAUGAGAUGACGAGUGAAAAUGCAAAAAAAGAACUGUGUUAAGUGUAUAAUAUGACUGCACUAAGAAUUAAAUCGUUUUUUAAGUAGUACUUAUAUAAUUCAUUAGCACAUUUAAUUUCUAAUCCUUAUAUUUAUGUUACUUUCGCUUCAUACAUAAUAGUAGUAAUCAUUAUAUCUACAUUUACCUAUUAGGUGUAAAUAUAUUAUUAAAUUUCAUGAUUUAUA